CGAGCAGACCCUGGGCCCCUGGAGCCCGCACACCCCCCCGCUGCCCGCAGCCAGGGGCGUCUCCAGAGCCAUCGAGAGCAGCCGCGAUCUGCUGCAUCGGAUCAAGGAUGAGGUUGGCGCCCCCGGCAUAGUGAUCGGAGUUUCUGUAGAUGGAAAAGAAGUCUGGUCAGAAGGUCUAGGCUAUGCAGAUGUGGAGAACCGGGUACCCUGCAAACCAGAAACAGUCAUGAGAAUCGCAAGCAUCAGCAAAAGCCUUACCAUGGUGGCUCUGGCCAAACUGUGGGAAGCAGGGAAACUGGAUCUGGAUCUCCCAGUGCAGCACUAUGUUCCCGAGUUCCCAGAAAAAGAAUACGAGGGUGAAAAGGUUUCUGUCACAACAAGAUUAUUGAUUUCCCAUUUAAGUGGAAUUCGUCAUUAUGAAAAGGACAUGAAAAAAGUGAAAGAAGAGAAAGCUUAUAAAACCAUGAAGAUGAUGAAAGGGGUAAUGCCAUCUGACCAAGAGAAAGAACUGAAAGAAAAGGGAGGCAAAAAUCAUGAGAAGAGUGACUCCCCUAAAGCAAAAGCCGAGCAGGAGAAUGAAGUCAGGUGUCGGCACUCAAAGCCAGGCAAGAAAAAGAAUGAUUUUGACCAAGGCGAAUUAUAUUUGAAAGAAAAAUUUGAAAAUUCAAUUGAAUCCCUAAGAUUAUUUAAAAAUGAUCCUUUAUUCUUUAAACCUGGUAGUCAGUUUUUGUAUUCAACAUUUGGCUAUACCCUGCUGGCAGCCAUAGUAGAAAGAGCUUCAGGAUAUAAAUAUUUGGACUAUAUGCAGAAGAUUUUCCAUGACUUGGACAUGCUGACAACUGUACAGGAAGAAAACGAGCCAGUGAUUUACAACAGAGCAAGAUUUUAUGUUUACAAUAAAAAGAAACGUCUUGUCAACACACCUUACGUGGAUAACUCCUAUAAAUGGGCUGGUGGUGGAUUUCUGUCUACAGUGGGUGACCUUCUGAAGUUUGGGAAUGCAAUGCUGUAUGGUUACCAAGUUGGGCUGUUUAAGAAUUCAAAUGAGAAUCUCUUACCUGGAUAUCUCAAGCCAGAAACGAUGGUGAUGAUGUGGACCCCAGUCCCUAACACCGAAAUGUCCUGGGAUAAAGAGGGCAAAUAUGCAAUGGCAUGGGGUGUUGUAGAAAAGAAGCAAACUUACGGUUCCUGCAGGAAGCAGAGGCACUAUGCCUCACACACUGGAGGUGCAGUGGGUGCCAGCAGUGUCCUGCUAGUCCUUCCUGAAGAACUGGACCCAGAGGCCAUAAAUAACAAGGUUCCCCCACGAGGAAUAAUCGUCUCUAUCAUAUGUAACAUGCAGUCCGUUGGCCUCAAUAGCACUGCUUUGAAAAUCGCCCUGGAAUUUGAUAAAGACAGAGCUGACCUGUCCUAAAUGGUACAGGUCCACAGUGAGCCUUUUGUUCUUUGAAAUGUUGACGUUCCAAAAUACAUAAAAAUUUAAGAAUACAUUUGUAAUAGAGUCAGUUAAAUGUGGAGAAUUAUGUACCUCUAAUUGCUGAAUUUUGCUUAAUUUUGUAACUGCCUUUUUAUUGUACAAUUAGUUCUUUAUACUCAGGGAAAUAACACUUGUUUCUACUUUUUGAAAAAAAAGUGUUAACUCUUGAAAUAAAAUAUUCUGGUAAAAGACAGUA